UGAUCUAUGGCUUCACAGAGAUGCAUUUGAUUUUUGGUUAUGUUGUGUUUCAUUUCCGCCACAAUCUAUGAUUUUAGCUUUGUUACUGCAUGUGUGAAUUUCCUAGUUUGUUAUUUAAACUAUUUGUAAGCUAAAAUGUCCGAUCAACAAUCAGCAACCACGUCCAAAGAAUCCACAGCAUUGAAAACCCCAAUGGUCUACAUAUGUGGGGAAUGCCACCACGAAAAUGAAAUACGACCAAGGGAUCCCAUAAGAUGUCGAGAAUGUGGUUACCGUAUAAUGUACAAAAAGAGAACGAAAAGGUUGAUUGUGUUUGAUGCUCGAUGAUUGGCUAUUGCUUGUGUUCAAGCAAUUUUUUAAUGUGCUUCAUCAAAACUGAAGGGCUGUGUUUUGAACUACUACUUAGUUGUAAUACUGUACGUUUAAUUGAGUGAAUAACUGUACUGAAUGUACAAAUAUUUUUUUGAAUGCAUGUGAAUUACAAGCUACGAAUAAAUAUUUUAUUAUA